AGAUCAUUUUCCUCGUGCAUGCCAGCGACGUAGAAAUGUCUAUGGAGAUCAUGCUGAGCUCAUCUUAUCUGUGAUUCAUCUGUUCCUGCUUUGAUGGCAGAAUUAUGUGCGAAGUAACUGAUUAAUUAAUGUGAUGUUUUGUAGAGACAAUAACGAGAAUGCCAAUACAGGCACCACAGUGGACUGAAUUUCUUUCUUGCCCAGUUUGUUGUCAUGACUUCGAUGUGGCCGUACGAGGUCCAAUAUCUUUAGGAUGUGGUCAUACUAUAUGCCGUACGUGUCUAGCAAAUUUGCAUCGCAAGCAAUGUCCUUUCGAUCAGAGUACUAUAAAUACUGAAAUAGAAAGAUUACCAGUAAAUGAAGCUCUGCUUCAAUUAGUUGGUAAUACUGUUCCAACAAAUGUUGCAACAUCGUAUCAAAAAUUAUUACCACCUGAAGAUCAUACUAAUUACUUAGUGGCUAAGCGUUGCAUUGAAGAAUUAGCGCUCUAUUUGAAACCAUGUCAGACGAAUCCAACCAUAGCAGCAGGAAUGGGACUUGUGUCUCGUCCGAUGCAGAGAAAAUUGGUUACGUUGGUAGGGUGCCAAUUAGUAGAACCAGAGGGAAGAGCACGUGCUGUAAGAGCAGCUCGAAGCUUAGGGGAAAGAUCCGUCACGGAGUUAAUAUUACAACAUCAAAAUCCUCAACAGCUUAGUGCCAAUUUGUGGGCUGCUGUACGUGCACGUGGUUGUCAGUUCCUUGGGCCAGCAAUGCAAGAGGAAGUUCUCAAACUAGUUCUUUUAGCUUUGGAGGAUGGUUCAGCUCUUUCAAGAAAAGUUUUAGUAAUGUUUGUGGUUCAACGUUUGGAACCACAUUUUCCACAAGCAUCGAAAACAAGUAUUGGACAUGUAGUACAGCUCCUUUAUAGAGCAAGUUGUUUCAAGGUAUCCAAGAGAGAGGGCGAUUCAUCUUUAAUGCAGCUAAAAGAAGAAUUUAGAACAUAUGAUGCUUUAAGAAGAGAACACGAUGCUCAGAUUGUUCAAAUAGCAACUGAAGCUGGAUUGCGAAUAGCUCCUGAUCAAUGGUCCGCAUUAUUGUAUGGAGAUACUGGUCAUAAGUCUCAUAUGCAAAGUAUUAUUGACAAGCUACAAACGCCACAAUCUUUUGCUCAAAGCGUGCAAGAAUUAGUUAUUGCCUUACAACGUACACCUGAUCCAGGACAACUUAGCGGUUUAAGGCCACAGCUAGAAUUAUUAGCUGCAAUAGAUCCUAGUCCAGAAACAGAGCCGCCCACAUUAGCUGAAUGUCGUGCAGCAUUGGAAGCUGUUAGAACUGUGGUUGCAGCUUUGGUGGAAUUCAUUCAACAGCAUGGAAAUAGAAAAUGUUCAGAUGGUACUCAUAAUAUUGGCCCAAGUCAACCAAAAUAUAAAGUAAGCAUGUGUAGAGACCUUGCUCUUAGAGGAUCUUGUCCAAGAGCUACCAAUUGUACUUUUGCACACAGUGACAUGGAACUUGACAAGUAUAGAUCAAAGAACCGAAAGUUGAGUAUCAGAACAAAUUUACCUUUGAAUAGUAACACGGAAUUAAAGACGGAUAAGUCUAUUGUUGUUCAAAACAACAAGGUUUUUAAGCAAAGCGAAGAGGCACCUUAUCAUUCCAUAAAACCACAUGAUAUUCAUAGGGAUAGUUUUAAUUCAUUGAAUAAAGUCAAUCCAACGCAACAUCCCAUCGUUAGUAACGAAAAUAAUUUUGUUGGAUCUUUGACAAAUUACAUGUUGCCACCGCCACAAAAUUUAUCACAUAUGGUUCCUGUGAAAAGCAUGGACAUUCAUUGUCCUCAUUAUAUUAUGCCUGCAGCAUCUUUAGAUUAUAACACAACUGAUAUGAAUAUGUGGGAUCCGCCACAAGUAACGUCAGGUGUAACAAAUGGGAUUUCUAAUAGUAAAAAGCAACGAACAGUAGCAAAAACAUUGGCAAUGUUGUUACAACGUAGAAUGGAAAUUUUGAAUCAACUUGAAACUAUAGUCAACAAGCAAGCUCCUCAGAUGAAAAUGAAUUGUGACAUUCAAGGAGAUGUGCUUUCAUCGAAUUUAUCGAUAUGGGCAAAUUCAUCUGGAAAUCCUAUAGGUCCUGUAUCAAAUAUGAGUUGCAGUAAUAAUUUUCGAUGUGCAGAUUCUGUAUUAUUUGAUGAUGAAUUUGUACCAUUCGAUGCAUCACCUUCGAGCAAGUAUGGACCAAUAUCCAAAUUAUCAAAAACGAUGAUAAGAUCUCCAAAUGGUGUACCACCUACAAGUUUGUAUAAUGAGGGUCCACCUACAAUAUCUACUUUUCGACCUAUGCCAGCUCCUAAUUCCAUUUCAUCAUGGUAUUACGGAAAUCAGCCUUAUGCGUCUAUUGGUACAAACGGAGGAAUGCAAUCUGUUACUACAUCCAAUUAUGGAGAUGGAUAUAUCGCUCUUGGACGAAAUAUAUCAGAAUCACAAACACACUCGCAUCUUUUGCAACAGGAAUGUAUGUCCAAAGAUUUAAUCUUGGAAUCACAGAAAGUAAAACAACAACUAAAACAUUUAGAGAAGAAAAUUAAUGAUUUAAAGCUUGCAACACAAGGUGCAGCUUUUACAGCCGGUGAAAGACUUGCGCAGGAGUUGCAAAUGAUUGAAGCGGGUAUUAGAGAAAAAGAAAAGGACGUGAGAAAUUGGAGUCCGUAUGGUGGUAGUUUACCAUGGAUUCAAUCACCAGCUAGCUUACUUACUAAUCAAAGCUUUAAUCAGGAUUAUAAGACCGAAGAGGAAGAUACAUAUGAGGCUGGCAUUGCGAAUGAUAUGCGCGAAUUAGAAUUACGAUGGGAGUUUGAACUGCAGGAACAAGAGAAACAUUGGUCGAGCGAAGAAGAUAAUUCGAAAAAGUAACAUAAUCUUGCAGUAUUAAAUAUUAACUCCCAGAUCUGACAAUGACUCAAGAAAAAGCAUGUGUUUUCGCAUGUUCGUAUAAUUCUUUAAGAAAACUUUUAUGCGUCAAUGCGUUUACUUCUAUAAUUGGAUAAUCGAAAGUAAGUAGAAUUUUUACUCUUUGCAUAAGAAAAAUCUACGACUCUUCUACUCAAAAUCAAAAUUAUAUAUGGAGGAUGAUUAUAUGAACAUUUUUAACAGCAUAAAUUUAGGUUUAUCAUCCGAUUGAUAUGUGAAACCCUUUUGUUGAUGUAGUACUGCGUAAAGUGGACUUACUACUUUCGCAUGUACUAGCUUUUGUAAUCAUUGAUAUGUAAUAUUUCUUAUGCAUAAAAACAACACCUUUCUGGAUAUUUAAACAUACUAGUUGCUGUAAAUAUGUGAUAUUUUUAAAAAAUUUGUUAAACACGUGAAAUAAUUUAUAAAAGCGAUUCAUUUAGUCAAACAGAAAGCCAGAUUGUUUUUAUUUAUAUUAUUUUACUGACAUUUAAGAAGUUAUUUAGUGUACUUGGAAACUUAAUAAUUCAGCUGCCGCUUUGCUAAAUACAUUCGUCAGACAACAAGCGAAAGGUGGUUGUUGCUUGUAAUAAAGUUAAAAAUUUCAUUGAAAAACAAAUGGACAUAUGAAUACAGAUUUGUUAAAAUUUAACAGAAAUUGAUGUCAGUGUUUUAUAAACAUGACAAUGUAGUAUACUCAAUUUAUAUGUUUGCACAAUGAAGCAAAACAUACUAUAUUACAGAGACAUUCGAGAAGAAUGUUACUUAACCUGAGUGAAGGUUACACGAUAAAAAUAUACAAUUAUACAUAAGUAUUGCAGAUAGGUGAAAUUAACAUAUAUUGUCCAAAUUUUAUAUAAUUAUUAUCAUUCUGGUCAUCUACUAAAUCAUUAUUGACAUGCAAGAUAUUAAUGAUAGAAUUUUAUUAUCCUAUAUGAUUUUAUAUAGAAUUUCUGAAGGAAGUAUGAGCAUUUUUGGCAAGAAAAGAUUUUAAGUUGUAUAAGUAACUAAUAUAACUGACAAAUUAUAAUCUCUAUUAUCUUUAAACAUUUAUAGAAUAAUUAUAACAAUUCCAUCAUGGUAUUAUUUAGUGCAUUCACUUAUAUAAAUAGAAAAAAAAUUAAUUAGAGUUUUCUAUAUUAACAAGGAUGAUACUCUAUAUUAUAAAAGAUUAUUUUCCUUUUAAACAGAUCUAUUAGUAUUAUAUAUUUUUUUCAAGUUUAAACUUUUAUUUGGAUUUAAAAGUCUUACUCUCGAGUUCGUCGUUGUUCUUAAUUCUUAAUAAAUAUGUAAAAUUAACAUGAUUAAAUGCAACAUUAGGGGAGCCUGUUUCAAGCAAAAAUUAAUCAUGAUUUUUUUCUGUGCCUUUGAACUUUUGCAUUUUUAUGAUUAAUUUUCUUUUUCCUCUUUUUUUUUUUUUUUUUUUUUUUUUAAAAUACCAUUCAACGCAUAAACUUUUCCAAGGGUCGACGAUCAAAUCUUAUUAAUUUAUAUCUUUUUGUAAAAACUUGAAAUAAUUUAUAUUAAUGCUAUCAUUAUAUUUUGUCUUUGUCAACCAGUAAACGAUAGUUGACCAAAAAAAUGAUGAUUAAAAAUUUGUGUUGCAUGGCCAACUUGACUUUUUAAAAGAUAACAUAUAUUUUUUUAAAUGAAUUAUUCACUUCUCGAGAGAAAAUGUUUAUAGAUCUAUAGAUUUUAUUUGAUUAUGAAUAAAAGCUAUCUGUUUUUUAAGAUCGAGAUGUUGAUGAAAAAUUUCAUAGGAUAGAAUAUGUUAAUCAACUUACUGCGCUCUUUUAUGGCAUCUUAAUGUAUGCAUUGCAAUAGUCUAGGUUUUCCUAUUUUUAUGAAAUAAUAUAUAACAUAAAUAUUAAUAAUUCCAGUUUUAGUGGAAGAAACAUUAUUGAUUUUUUUGUGCAAAAUGAAGGUUGACAAAGGUUGACUCAUUAUGUAUCAGAAUUUUACUUUGUAAACUUAUAUUUGUUUAUCAUCAAUUGAUUACUUACUUACCUGAAAUGGGUGAAUAAUAUUAUUCAAUAUAUUCAUAAUAAUAUAUAAUUGGUUUAUAAUGUCUGUUUUGUUAUGUUAUGUAAAUGUAUUGGAAAAAUAAUAAGAGGUACAUCUAUUUUUAGAACAUAGCUAGAUUUUUAGCAAUUAUAGAAACAAUGGUGCAAUUUUCUUUACUCGAUAUCUAAUAUCAGAAAUUAUAAAAUGUUAUACAAAUAGUUCAUAGAUUCAAUUUGUUUAUUAGGUUUCGUAUGCGGAUCAACAGCAAAAACAAUGUUUGCCGAAACAAUAAUAACAAUCGAAUUGUUUACUUCAUAUUUAUAACUUAUUAUCAAUGUUGGACAAAUUUUAGAAAAGAUUGUAUUUUUUUUUUUUUUUUUUUUUUUUUUUUUUUUUUUUUUUUUUUUUUUUUUUUUUUUUUUUUUUUUUCAUUAUAUUAAAAGUUUUAUUUUCAUUGUUGCAAGAUGUAUAGAUGGAACCAAAAUAUAAGAAUUCGUUUAGUAAGUAUACCUUGGUAAAAACAGACCGUUUUCCUUUUUGCUGAAGCCAUCUCACGUAUACAAUUUAAAAAUUGGCCAUAUUAACCAAUAUAAAUGACAAUAUUGCAGAAAGGGGCCAUCUAUUAAUUUUGCUCGUUUAAAAAUAACCGAAGUAAAGGAGUAUAGUAUUUUCAAAAGAAAUGGAUCUUAUAUGUGAAAACGCUUAUUAAAUUUCUUUUCAACUAACGAUUAAAUGAUUCUGUAUUAGAUUUUAAGUUAGUUUACAAGUUUGAUAAUUAUUCUAAUUUAUGAAUAAUUGUGUUGACAUUUAAAUUGCUGCCACGGUAUCUAUAUCUCGUUCUCUGUUUUGUACAUUAGACACAUUUAAUAUAAAAUUUGAUAAAAUGCUUUAGUUGAAGUAAAACAAGAUUGAAAAUAAAAAUUUCAAUUUUGUUUAUUCUCUUUCUCAGGAAAUUAUAUCCGUAUCUUAUAAUUGAUAAAGAAUUGUAAUUUAUUUUUUCGAUACAGACACAGAUAAAUUCUAUGUAUCAUUUUCUUAAUAAUUCCUAAAUAUGCAUUUUGAAAACUGCUAUGACGUUUGUCUUUUACAUAUACAGUUUAUGUAAGAUUUCGAUCUUUCCCAUUAAAAGUUAUAUAUAGAAUGUAAAACAAGAGGUAAAAUUGAUGGAAAAUUACUAAGAAGAACAUCUAGGCUUUCUAUCAAUUUUAUCGGAUUCUAUAUGUAAUCUAUUUCUACAAGGUUUCAAUGAUAGCUCUAAUUAUUUUUUUCUCGUUUCUAUUCAUAAUGUGAAGCAUUAACUUGAAUGUAGAAUAAAAGCGAAGAGGGCUGUGUACAAUGGGAAGUAAUAAGCGCAACAAUACUGUUUGUGCAAGCUUCAGAUUAAUUGCAUGUUAAACAUGUCACUAUGUGUAUAAUGAUACACACAUACCUAUGUUGAUGGUAUGAAAUCACAUACAAUCUAUACUAACGUUCUUUGUUUGAACAUACAAAACGAUAAUAAUUAUAUACAUAUCGGUAUAUAAUGUAUAGUCAAUGCACUUGGCACUAGCAGUACAGAUUCUUUAUAGAUUUUGUGUUAUACUUGAAAAUCUUUUUUUUUUUUCUUUUUCUUUUUUUUUUUUUUUUUUUUUUUUUUUUAACAUUUAUAUAAUAUUCAUUGUAUGAAAUUAUCAAAUUACACUUAAACCAGUAUUCACAAUAUACGACUUAUUUCUCGUAAAUCCACAUUUUCUAAAUAUUAUUAUUCGAAGGUAGAAAACUGGUUGCGUAAGAUGUUGAGAAUAAAUAUACGUGCUAUAUUAGCAUUAUGCUUUAGCAAUAGAAUUUGAGUUUGUAAUUUAAAAAAAAAGUAAAGGUACAUUAGUCUUAAAGAGCUUUGUUUUAUGCAAGACGAAUUCUUAUGUCUCUUUUCAUCAUCUUACAGCAUGUUGAAACAUAAGAUAACUAUGAAGACUUAUCAUAUAUGUAUAUGGUAUGGUAUGAUAAACCAUAUAAUAUACAACAUAUGAAUGUAUGAAAAACUUAUUAAAACGUAUAUAUUCAAAUAUUUGUUAUUUUGUAAAGGUCGCUAAAAGUACGUGGAAUAUAUCGCAUAGAAUAUUCAUUUUCGUUGAUUAUCUCGUAUCAUCAUCCCAUUGUAUGGACAGUACUGAACAAAUUUUGUUGAAUUGCGUCUUUGUAUGUGUGUGUGUGUGUAUAUAUAUAUAUGUAUGUACAUAUAUAUAUAUAUAUAUAUAUAUAUAUAUAUAUAUAUAUAUAUAUAUAUAUAUAUAUGUCAUGCGAUAUAGCCGCGUAAGUCUGAUGUAUUUUUCACAAAUGUACUGUAAGUGAAAGUGUAAUAUAUUUAUCUACUCAA